AUGUCUAGCCAGGAGAUUCAGAGCAUCAACAAAGACGAUGCUCCCGUGUUGCCUCGAUUAGGCAAGAAUUCACCCAUUUUGUCGUAUUUUUGUGUAUACAAUCCUUCGCUGGGACCUCAUGAAGAAAACACCAAAGACCAGAUUUUGUACUAUACAGCCAAGAAGGUUGUUCCUGCAGACGUUAAAAUGAAGCAAGUGGGGCUCGCUCAGGCACUGGUUAAUUUUACAAGCACAUUUUCGCCCUCACAUCCCACGCAAAACGUGCACUCGCAAAAGAACCGCAUGAUCUUUCUCCAGCCAGAACCUGGCUUCUGGAUGCAUAUGUGCGUGGAAUUGGGCAUUCUGAGAAAGCAAAUCAAAGAUUCAAAAGGAAAGGAGAAGCUGGUGACGGAAUACUUGGAUUCGCAACUGAACGACACAGCAUUGGAAGCAGUUUUGAAGAUUGGGUACGAGCAAUUCAAGCUGCUAAAUGGCACAUUUUCUUCAAUAUUAUAUGACGACAAAAAAGAAACCAACCGCCAGCGCACAAAGACGUUGAUGCACGCUAUCGAAGAGUUCUUUUCAGAGUGGAUUUGGAAGUGGGAUUUCGACCGCUUGGACAUCAUGACCUUUUCGGCCGUAUUCAAUGGCGUGCCAGUGCAGCCCGUGUUGCGUGCUAAUUACCUCAACAUCAACAGACUGGACGAAUCCAUCAAGGAGCACUUUGAAAGCAACAUGUGCCAUCUGUUUGUGCUAAACGUGCAAGAUGGGGGUCUCGUGUAUCGCUCGCCCGAUCUCUUGAUUGACGACGUGUGUGCUUUACGCAAACAUGUAUUGAAAAAAGUAGAAAAUCAUGCGAAAUCAGAAAAGAGAAAGCAGGACAUCGAGAUGACAUUGAUCAAGAAGGACUCGACCAAGGUCUCUGGCCUCAAGCAGUUUACAAAAUCACUCUCACAUUCACACAUCUUGAGCUACUUUUCAUCAGGUGGAUCCAAAUCGACAGACACAGCCAACUCCUCAGCAACACCCAACUCGGCUACAGCUUCCAUUGACUCGACAUUAGCGCUACCUUCUUCUCUGGAUAUACCGUCAGCAACAUCGUCACCCAAUGGAUCAUUGGUGCCUGAAAACACAAAUCAGGGCAUCUAUCUGACAGGGCUGGUAGAGUCAACUGCCAUUGGUAUGAAUGGAGAGGAACGGCCAGUGACAAAAUCUGACCUUGUGCGAGUGUACAUAUCAAGUGCCUACACCGCAGAGCAGCAGCCACAGGAGAAUCGACUGAAAGAAUACUACUUGUUGGUUUACAAGCACAAGAGCAACUUGGUCUGGAGCUUUCUACUGCCUGCUACAUCCAAAUCAGAAAAUCUGUUAUCAGAUCCCAUAUUUUAUACUGACUUGGAAACCUACAUGAGCGAAAAGAACUUGGACACGCUGACACAGGUGCUAGUAGAGAACAUUGCUAGCGUGCAAGAAAAGAGCUUAAACCUUGGAAAGAACUACAAGUGCUUCUAUUACGACAAUGCCACGCUCAACAUCAAAUCCACCAUGAUCGACCCAAGAUCAACAUCCAAGAAUCCCAAGGAAAAGAAGGCAGCUAUCCAAGUAACAAAUGAGAUGCUUUUGCAACUAUUGGAAGUGAGAGAGGAUUUCAACAAAAUUCCACGCACAAGUGAAGUUUAUACCCGAUCGACAGCAAAUCACUGGAUUGCUGGUAAUCGACUCUACAAUACCUUGAGAGCAUCCACCUCAGAAGACGAUGCAAACACAGUGGUGCAUGAGAAUAUAUCUUCUCUGGAUGAAUGUUCCAGAGAUGAUGACAUGAACGAUUAUACCGAAAUGUACCUCAUUGCCGCGAAAAAGGAUACAUCCUUAGCUGAUGUGGAAGGUAAAAAGUAG